AUGGCUGGAGGACACUCACAUAGGUCAACGUUGAAAAACGACCAUAAGCCGUUCAAGUCAAAGCAUGCCACCAAGGGUCAAUUGAAAAAUCAAUACAAGGGAAAAGUUGAAAAAUCAUCAGCAUCUGCCAAUAAUAAAUCCAACAAGCCACUUUCCAAGCUUGAAAGAAAGAAUAUUGCUAAGCAAUUGAAGAACUCCAAGAUCCUCGAGACUAAGACCACUAGAAAAGUCUUUGAAGGUAGUCAAGGUGCUGAAAAAAUUGUCACCAUUAUUGGAUUAACCGAUGAUGUUUCCACCAGUGAAAUUGCAUCCAUGUUAGUCAAUUGCAUCAAGGACUCUGAAAAUGACGAUGAUAUGCUUUUCGAAGUUCCAUCUGUCACUCCAGUUAAGAUUCAAAGAUUCAAGUCCAACAUGAAAUUCAUUUUGCCUGAUCAAACCAAUUUCUUGAGUAUUUUAGAUGCUGCUAAAGUUUCUGAUUAUGUAGUGUUUGGUAUUUCUGCUGAAAAGGAAGUAGAAAAGGAAUACGGUGAACAAAUCUUAAGAGCGGUAAUUGCUCAAGGUAUUGCAUCUGUAAUCGGUGUAUUACCAAAUGUUUGUUCCGCUUAUCCAAAGAGAAACCUUCAAAUGGAUAUUAGACAAUCUCUUCAAUCUUUCUUUAACCAUUUCUUCCCCAAUGAAGAAAAGCUCUUUGCAUUGGAAAAUGAUUCUGAAUGUACUAACUGUAUUCGUACCAUGGCUCAGAAGUUCCCUAAGUCUAUUACUUGGAGAGAUAACCGUGGUUAUUUAUUAGCCGAUGCUGCAUACUGGGCUCCUGCUCAAGAUAACAAUGGCUCCGGUAACUUGGUCGUUGAAGGUACUGUUAGAGGAACUGGAUUCAAUGCAAACAGACUUGUUCAUAUUCCAGGGUUUGGGGAUUUCCAGAUUGAUCACAUAGAAAAGUUGCAUAAUGUUAGAAGAUCUGAAACAGAUGAAGAAACUACCAAAUAUUUCCCAGAAAUUGAAAACCAAGAAGGUCUCGAAGAAUUAAACGAAGAUGAAGUAGACAUGGAUGCCGAAGAUUGGGAUCUUGAAGGUGAAGACGAAUUUGGUGGAGUUAAAAUGACUGAUAAACGUUAUUUCGAUGAUGAUGGAAGUAGAAACCUUCACCACAGUAAGCCAUUACCUAAGGGUACUUCUGAAUACCAAGGUAGAUGGUACUUGGACGAUGUAUUGGAAGAUGCAUCUGAUAUUGAAGACGACGCUGACGUUGUAGGUCAAGCACAAGACGAUGAGAUGGAAUUAGAAGAUGGUGCAGCAGCAACAACAGACUAUGAACCAACUGAAGCUGGUGACAACCAAUCAGAAAUGUUUGUCGAAUUGUCUCCAGAAGAAGAAGCCAGACAAUUACAAGAAUACAGAUCGUCUGCCGAUGAAGAUUUGGAAUUCCCUGAUGAAUUAGAACUUGAUCCUAUGGAAUCAGGAAAGGAAAGAUUAGCCAGCUACAGAGGUAUCAAAUCUUUGGGUAACUGUAACUGGGACUACGAUGAGCAUGAUCCAGAGUCUCCAAGCAUAUGGAAGAGACUUUUGAGAGUUAACAACUACAAGGCUACCAGAAAUAAGAUUGUUAAACAAUCUAUCAGAGAAGCACAAUUGACUAUUAGUAAUAAGGCCAGAAUCUUUAUUCGCGCACCUCUGCAUAUCCUUGAACGUAUCAACUGUCAACAACAGCCAUUUACUGUAUACGGUUUAUUGGAACACGAACACAAGUUGGCUCAUGUUAACUUUUCAUUUGAAUCAUGGGAAGAUUUUGAAGAACCAAUUGCCUCCAAGGAAACUCUUGUGGUACAAUAUGGUCCAAGAAGACAAGUCAUCAACCCUGUUUUCAACCAAGCAUCCAACAAUUCUAAUAAUGUUCAUAAAUUUGAAAAGUUCCACCACCCUGGUAACUUUUCUAUUGCAUCAUGUAUUGCACCUGUAUUGUUCAGCAAUGCUCCAACUAUUUUCUUUAGACCUAACUCCGAAGAUGGAUCUCUUGAAUUGGUUGGUCAAGGUACCUUCUUGAACAGUGACCAUACUAGAGUUGUCGCUGAAAGAGCUGUUCUUACUGGUCACCCAGUCAAGAUUCAUAAGCGUUUGGUAACUGUGAGAUACAUGUUCUUCAACGCUGAAGAUAUCAACUGGUUCAAGGCCAUCCCAUUAUUCACCAAAUCUGGGCGCAGUGGGUUUAUCAAGGAAAGUUUGGGUACACAUGGUUACUUCAAGGCUACAUUUGACGGUAAGUUGACAGCACAAGACACAGUUGCUAUGAGUAUGUACAGACGUGUCUGGCCAGAAAUUUCUAGUCAAUGGAUGGAAUAG